AUGUCGGACGCCCACGAUCACCCCCAGCCAGAAGGCCAUGUCUCAGACGUGGUUAUCAUGGUCAUCUCCGCCGUCGUCCUGCUCGCCACUGUGCCCACCAUCUUCUUGCUGGUGUGGCUGAAAAUCGUCAAUCCCGAAUACUUCCGCCGCGAUGUGUGCCGCGAGGCAAACUUGCCGGCUACCGAGCCAUCGUCCAACAUGCGACUGCAGGGAAACCCGCUCUGUCGAAACGUACGAGCGGUCGUCUCGAAGCUUCGUGGGGUGGCUGUCGCGAUGGGUGGAGCAGUCGCCUUGCGGUCGCGCGAGGCUUUGAAGGAAGUUCGAGGGCGAGCCUCGAAAGUGUUUGCUGGUCGUGGCCGGGGCCGGCGCUACAGUGACCUUCCGAUCAUGCGGCAGAAGUCAUGGCAGAUACUUGCCGAGUCUCACACGGAGCUCACCAUGUCCGCAUCCAAGGACGACAAGGUCGAGCACAAGGUUGAUGAAGUGGAGCAUAAGACCGUCGAGAAUCCGAAGAAGUCUGCCAAGACCGUUCGCUUUGCGAUCGGCGACGAGGUGGAGAAGGACACUCCAGUCCAGAAGCCUCAACCGGCUGUGAUUGCUGAUAAGACAUGA